CUGGUCGCGGGGGAGACGGUAUGAGACUUAGAAGACGCUGUCUUGGCGGAGCCCUGAGUAUGAGGCUGGGAUAGGGUUGGGGGAGAAGGCAGCCCCGCCACCUCACCCCACGGGAGCCCGCCGGCUUGUGGGGGCUUUGACGACCGCCGGAAGCCUUUUUAGAGCCCGUGUCCUUGAGUGACACCCGCGCCGUCCAAUGGCAGAGCGCCUCUCUCCGAGAGGCGGGAGCUUGUGGGAUUCUUUUUGGGGUGAGGUUCCAUCGCUCGCUUUCAGAACGGGGUUGUGCUUGUUGGUGUUGGGGGCGUUCCCCCGUCCUCCCUGCUGUCUGUAGCUUAGGGGACUGCGUGCGUUUGCCCUCGCCUUCCCGCUUGGGUCCCAUAGCACCUGAGGUCGGGUCGUGAGGCCAGAAUGUUGAGGUCCGGCCUCAGGAUCUCUGAAAUCACCCCCUCCUUUCUCCCUCGGGCUCCCAGCAAAGCAAAACCCUUAGUUAACUUUUAUUUUAUUGGCGGACCCCGAUCUGUCGUUCCCUUUUAACAACUCUAUUUUUUGCCAGGGGCUGCGGGGCGGGGACCCAAAACGUCAAAAUUUGUCGCUGGGAAAUAUAAAAACGUCUCUAUUCUUCUAUUCAUCUCCACAAAUGGUGGUUUUUUUUUUUUUUUUUUUUGCGUUGAACGUGAGUUCCACCCCCUCACGCCCCUUCAAUUUUACCCUCCUCGGGCUGGAGAAGCAUCAUUGAAUUUCAAGUGGUUUUCCAUUUGGAUCCCCCGUAUCCGGAUUACCUCAGUGGGGAGAUAGUAGAUGGGGCUGAGACCCACCUCCCUGGAGAGCUGGUGUUUUCCUGGUAUAAGAGCAAGGAGAUUGAAAUCUAGAUAUUUCUGUUGCCGGCUGGAAGGUGCAGCACCUGACUUUUCAAUAACCCGUUUGUUGUCACUGAUGGGCCAAGCCACUGGGGAACAGUCCACUGAGUUAGAUCUAGUUUCCCUGAAGGAAGUGAGUCCUUUAUGAACUGACUCUUAAUUAACCUGCUUUGUGAAACUGGGCCCUAGAAAAGUGGGAACCUGGAAGACCCAAAGAGCAGAUCGUUUUCCUCUUUUGCACUCUCCAAAGUUUUCAUUUUGUAAGCAGUAUACAUAUCCUUUUUCUUCUUUUUCUCUUGCUUCCUGGCUCUUUUUUAUAUACUGGAAAUUAAGGAGGCAGAGGGUUUGACUUGAUUCAGCCAGUUUGCCUCUGCACACCCAGCUUCAGUAAAGCCUGAGUUGAUCUGGCAAACAGUUUAUUUUUUAAGAAACAGUACAUGAAUAGAGAACAAAAGGAUUAUGUAUAUAUACAUAUAUAUUUAUGGUGCAAAAUGUGUUCCACCCUUGCCAAUGGGGAGGCAACCAUUGUUAACAGCUUAGUUUGCUUGCUUUUAGUACCAAAUUAAAUACUGAACAGUUCCCAUCCCUGUAUUCACUGCAUAAAUCAGGCAUGUAUGUUCGCAGGAAUUUAUUAAACAAGACAUGUGAGUGUUCCAAUCAUUACGUAGAAGAAUUGUCUAUAGAACUUUAAGUACAUAAAAUCCUGAAAUACUACCUGAAAAGGAUCAUGCUGUUUUUUGCAAAUCAUCCUUAGUAUAGAUUUUUAAAAUUAAAAUAUAAUUCACAUAUCAUAAAAUUAACCCUUUAAAAGUGUAUUAUUCAGUGGCUUUUAGUGUAUUUGCAAGGUCGUGCAGUUACCACCGCUGUCUAUCCAAUUCCCUCUUCAUUACCCUCAAAGGAAACCCUGUAUCCAUUACCAGUCCCCCCCCCCCAUUCUCCUUCCCCCCAGUUCCUGGUAACCACUACCAGUAAUCUAUUUUCUGUCUUUGUAUAGAUUUGCCUAUUCUGGAAUCUUCAUGUAAACGGACUUAUGCGUUACGUAGUCUUUUAGGCUGACUUCUUUCACUUAGCAUCAUGUUUUCAAGGUGUGUCUGUGUUACAGCAUGUAUCAGUACUUUAUCCCUUUUCGGUACUGAAUAACAUUUCGUUGUGUGGAUAGUCUGGAUUUGUUUUUCCAUUCAGUUGAUGAACAUUUGGCCUGUUUCUACAUUUUGGCUAUCAUAAGUAAUGUUGCUAUCCUUAAGGUAGAUUUGUAUGAAAAAGGUCAAAAUCUCCAGAGCAUGAAAAGACAGUUGGUAGGUUUAGUGGCUUUUUACAGUAUUUUUUCCCCAUUCAUCUUUCAGACUCUCUUUGAAGCUUAGGUUUUCAUGGUUCUGAAUGUUAGCAGCUGAAAAUGCCUGUAGACGAUGAAGCAUCUGAAGAUGACUCGGAUUCAAUUUCUUCAGACAGUGAAAGAACCUAUAUUUUCAACUAAGAGAGCAUAACAAUUUUCUGCACACUAUGGAAGACUUUGACUUGGUGAAAACUUUACAAAAGACUUCUCCAUCUUCUGUAGAAUCUGAUGUAAAAAAUUCUCAUUUUCUUGGACUGAACUUAAGUUCUAAUAGAAGUAGUCCCCACCUUAGUACAAAUGGGGUGUCCUCUUUCUCAGGGAAGACCAGACCAUCUGUAAUUCAAGGUACAGUUGAAGUCCUCACCUCGCUAAUGCAAGAGCAACAAAACAGUGGAAAGACUGAUUCGGAACUUUGGAAAAACUGUGAGACCAGGUGGUUACAACUUUUCAGUUUGGUGGAAAAACAAUGCCAGGAGCAGAUAGUUGCCCAGCAGGAACAGUUCCACAACCAAAUUCAACGUAUACAAGAGGAGAUCAAAAACUUAGUGAAGCUACAGACCAGUAAUGCUUCCUGGGCUCCCUAUGAUAGUUCUCCAAGCAAACAAAUAUCUUCAGAAAGUCGCAUGGGUUUUUUCUCUGAGAACAGUGAGAGAGAUGAACCUGCCCUCAGUUCACCUAAGCCUGCAGAACCGGAAACGCAGCAGGAAUCAUUCCCAUCCCAACCAGACUACAGUGGAGAGAGCAGUUCAGUGAGCAGUGGAUAUGGCACCUUCUGCCUCUCAGAAUUAAACACCUACAAAUCGAAAGACCCCAAAGAGUUCAUGGAACACACAGAGGUUUCUCAAGGACAGUACGUAGCACCUGUGGUGCGGACAGAUUCACUGGUAGAUAGGGCAAAAAAUAAGAGUUCUUACAUACAGACCACGGAAGAGCUCAGUGCAUCUUCAAAGGAUGAUAUUCCUGUUUUCCCUGGUGAAUUUGAACAUAAUUUUCUUGGUAAAAAUAAGAUUUCUGAAGUAUAUAGUGGAAAAACAAAUAGUAGUAAAUCUAUAACAUCAUGGGCACAAAAGUUGAAGCAGAACCAACCAAAGAGAGCACACGUAGAAGAGGGAUGUGCAAAAUCUCUGCAGGGAAGUGAGGAAACGAAGGAGCCGCGAACUGAGAAAGCUGAUUUCACUGCUGCUACACAGUCUCAUGCUUUUUACCUCAGUAAACCAGAUGAAAGUCCAAAUUCUUGGAUAUCUGAUUCAGGAACAGGACUGACUUACUGGAAACUGGAGGAGAAGGACAUGUAUCACUCUCUGCCUGAGGCCUUAGAGAAGAAGUUUGUGCCGUCACCUUCCGCAGAUACGUCAUCAGGCCAGUCUAAUACUAGUAAUGAGAUGAAGCUACCGUCACUGAAGGAUAUUUAUCAUAAAAAACAAAGGGAAAACAAGCAGUUACCUGAGAGGAAUCUCACCUUUGCUUCCACUCCAAAUCACCCACCUGAGGUACUGACUCUCGACCCAACAUUACACAGAAAGCCAAAUCAGCAGAUGUCAGGGAUUCAAUCACAUGGCUUUGUGAAUAUACUCGAUGACAGAAUUUCCUUUUCACCCGACUCGGUUCUAGAACCUAGUAUGUGUAGUCACUCUGACAUAGACCCAUUUUCACAAGCAAGUAAUACUGCUUCUCAGUUAUUUGGAUUCCCAAACAUGAAAGCUUCCCCAGUGGACUCCUGGAAAAAUCAUGCAUUCCAAAAUGAAAGUAGGACCAGUUCCACAUUUCCUUCAGUGUAUACCAUCACCAGCAACGAUAUCUCGGUCAACACCGUAGAUGAAGAAAACACUGUCAUGGUAACUUCAGCCUCAAUCAGUCAGUCCCAGCUUCCAGGUACAGCCAACAGUGUCCCAGAAUGCAUUUCAUUGACUUCCUUGGAAGAUCCUGUGAUAUUGUCUAAGAUUAGGCAGAACCUGAAAGAAAAGCAUGCUCGACACAUAGCGGAUCUUCGAGCCUAUUAUGAAUCAGAAAUAAAUAGUUUGAAACAGAAACUGGAGGCAAAAGAGAUUUCUGCAGUUGAAGAGUGGAAGAAAACCAAUCAAAUUCUUGCAGACAGAUGUGGCCAAUUAGACAGUGCUCUGAACGAAGCGACUAGUCGUGUGAGAACACUGGAAAAUAAGAAUAACUUACUGGAAAUAGAAGUGGAUGAUUUAAAAGAACGCUUCAGUGCUGCCAGCAACGCCUCCAAAAUUUUGCAGGAACGGAUUGAGGAAAUGAGAACAAGUAAUAAAGAAAAAGACAAUACCAUCAUCCGGCUGAAAGCUAGACUGCGGGAUUUAGAAGAAGCAUUUGAGACUGCGUACAGACUUUCAGAUGAUAAAGAAGCUAGGCUAAAGCAGGAAAACCAAAUGUUUCAAGAUCUUUUGGGAGAGUAUGAGUCCCUUGGAAAAGAACAUGAAAGAGUAAAGGAUACGUUAAAUACGACUGAGAACAAAUUGCUCGAUGCACAUACUCAGAUUUCUGAUUUGAAAAGAACAAUUUCAAAACUGGAAGCUCAGGUCAAACAAGUGGAGCAUGAGAAUAUGCUAAGUCUUCGUCACAAUUCAGAAACUCACAUGAGACCCUCACGUGCCAACACGCUAGCACCUUCCGACGUCAGCAGGCGCAAGUGGCUGCUGCCAGGUGCCGAGUACUCCAUCUUCACUGGCCAGCCUUUGAACGUCCAGGGGGGCCGAGCGGGCAGCCAGCAGGAAGACACCUGCACUCCUGGGUACCAUUCUCCUCCGGAAAAAGAUUCUCCACCUGGAGAUUCACCAGCAAGCUUAUUGAUAAAAAAACAGAGAGGGACUUCAGACACAUCAAUCGUGAAAGCUUUGAAAGAACUUGAUGAGGAAAAAAUAUUUAAAAAUUGGGGCACACAGACAGAGAAAGAAGAUGCCUCAAAUAAAUUAGCGAAUCCCCGACAAACGGAAACUUCGGUCAGUGCCAGUCGAUCCCUGGAGAAAUAUGCCCAACAAAGACAGAAGCGUUUUAAUUCGGCCUCUCAGAGAUCAUCAUCUUUACCACCUUCAAACCGUAAAUCAAACACUCCAACAAAAAGAGAGAUUAUGUUAACACCAGUGACUGUGGCCUAUAGUCCAAAGCGAUCACCUAAAGAAAAUUUGUCCCCAGGAUUUAGCCAUCUACUUAACAAAAAUGAAAGCAGCCCAGUUCGAUUUGAUAUACUUUUGGAUGAUUUAGAUACCGUUCCUGUGUCUGCAUUACAACGCACCAGUCCAAGAAAACAGCUCCAGUUUCUUCCUCUAGAUGACUCGGAAGAAGAAAAAUAUUCAGAAAAAGCUUCUGACAACCAUGUUAAUCAUAGCUCUUGCCCCGAACCGAUGCCAGACGGAGCAAAGAAAGUAUCUGUGAGAUCGGCCUGGGAGAAGAGUAAAUCGAUUAGCUGUGAACAGUGUAAGCCUGCUUCAGGAACACCACAGGGUAAUGAUUUUGAAUAUACAGCAAAAAUUAGGACCUUGGCUGAAACGGAGCGAUUUUUUGAUGAGCUUACGAAAGAAAAAGACCAGAUCGAGGCAGCUCUAAGCCGAAUGCCUUCUCCUGGAGGGCGGAUCACUCUGCAGACAAGAUUAAACCAGGAAGCCCUGGAAGAUCGUUUGGAAAGGAUUAACCGAGAACUGGGUUCAGUUCGCAUGACGCUAAAGAAGUUUCACGUUUUGCGCACCUCUGCAAAUCUUUGAGAUUUGUAGCCAUUAAAUUCUGAGAUGGUUUUGUUUGCACUAAUGUAUAAUUAUGCCCUCAGAAAGGGCAAACUAUUUUGUACUGUUUAUAAGCCUUCAGACAGUAGUUUUACAAUCAUGCUAUUCUUUACACUUGCUAUUUUAUACUUCAAAUGGCCACAUAUUUUCAAGAUAUUUUUGUUAUGCUCAGGAAUCUCUUGUAUAUUUUACUAUUUAAAAAGUGUUAUUUUUAAAUAGUACAUGUCUCCAGUUUAUAUCAAGAACAUGGAAAUGUAAAUGGAGAGGCAGCUUGUUUCUAAACAAAUAGUGUUAUCCUUUUACAAUUAACUUUGCACACCAGUUUUAUAAACUUAUUCUACAUUGUAAAUAUGAUUUGGUUUUUUUAAAAAUAAGUGGUUAAGAACAGAGAGCUUCCAUAAUGAUAGACUAAUACUGCUAAAUGCAAAAAAAAAAAAAUUUACAGUAUACUAUGAAUUUCAGUUGUUUUGAGGUUUUUAAAUGAUACAGAUCCUGUUUGAAACAUGUCUUAGAGUGAAUAUUAGAAUAAUAAUGAGAUAUUUGAAAACUACAUGGAUAUGAAUCAGUGUUUCCCUAAACUUUAUAAUUUGUAAGGAAAGAAAAAUGAAAGGGAUAUAGGUCCCUGACUUUGUCAUACACGUAGUACUUUUAAGAAAAGGUUAAGCAUUCGGAGAGCUGUGUCUCCCUGCCUAUAGUUCUGAAUGUAGAUUCUGUCCCACUCUUGACACUAAGCAAAUAAAGCUUUGGUGAAAUACAGACCACCACCCAGGGCGGUUGUUAAGAGCAGCCUUGGUUUCCUUAAUGUACACGGCCUUAGCUGUCCGUCAGAGUCUUCAUCCAGACAGUUGUAACCCCUUUCCAUACCCUCAACUGCUGCCAAAAAGAAAGACAAAGUAUUCCUACGGUAGGUGCUGUGAGAACACUAGGUUUUGGAUCAGAGCAAAGUAACUGUGUUUGCUAAUGGACGCGGAAUGUGUCUGGACCAAGCUUGGUGCCUUUGCUUGGCCUGGCUGGGCCCCACCCACUGCUUUGGCGUCGCCUCCUGAUUCUGGGAAGUAGCCCGUGGGCAGGAGGCUCUGCUGUGCUCCUGGAGGCCUGGCAGGUGUGUCUUGACUAUUGGUCCAGCCUGGACUGCUUAACUACCCACUUUUCUGUGGCCAAUCCACGCUCAGUGCCCACACAUUGAAGCUCUGAACAUGGUGAUAAACAGAGCCACUCCAAACUUUGAAAAUUGAUGCCCACAUACCAUGCUCAGGUUUUCAAUUUUGGCUUGCUUUUGCGCUUCUCUCCUUUCUGUAUAGCUCUUAAUAACAUGCAGUUAUAAUGAACCAAGCCAAACCCAGUUAUCCUAGCAGGGCAUAUUUAUAUGUCUGUGACCAGGGAUCCAAAUUGUUACCUUCACCAAAGCAUCACCUGGCGGGUCUCCAGGCCAGGUGCCCAUAGCCACGUACCCUCCUUACAGUUCGGGGCCGUACUCAGCACGCGGGACCCUCCCCCCAAGGCUGCCCUGCCACUCUCCGUCCUAUCCCAUCCGUGAAUUGAGCCUUUGCCCCCAACUCCUGCGGCCAGGCCUAAUCAAAAGUAAUUACCGAUAUAGUCAAGUGCCUUUAUUCUUGAUAUUUUUGUUUUUUCUAACCUCUUUUUUUUUUUUAUCUCCUAGUUAAUAGAAAAGAAAAACUUCUUGUUAAUUAAGCUCCAGCACAGCUUGCAUCAGACGUUGUAAAGAGCUUUAUUUUACUGAUAUUCCUUUCUUUCAUGUGUUCUUAUAUGCGAUGUUAAAAAUUGUUUUGAAAAUUAGGAUAUUUCAUUGUUCCUGGCUUUUAUUAUAAAGCCUAUUACAUUCUUAAUAAGGAAAUUGCCAUUUAGAAGAGAUUAUAGUUUUAUCUUGUCAAGUUGUUAUCUUCUUAAAAAAAAAAAAAUUAGUAGCCUAUAUUGGUUUAUCUCAAGAAAG